AUGAAGCCUUACAAGAAAUCUGAGAAACUCCCACUGCACUUUGAUGAGGAUGGAUCAUGGAAUAUCAAGUAUGGAGGAUUGACUGUGGGAAAAAACCAGAAAGGAGUGGUGAAGGUGAAGUCUGGUCUGUGUGUGACAAACUUUGAUCUGUCGAAACCGACUGCUGAGGAGUUGUCUGCGAAGAAGGGAUCUCGACAGGUGGACACUGCCUGCAGACGUCCUGAUCUGAAGAAGAUUGAGAAGAAGAUUCAAAAUUUGAAGAAGGACAUCAAGGAGGUGAAAGAUGCAAAGACGAAGAAAGAAUAG